UAACCAGAACCGAAACUGACAAUGUGAGGCAGUAACAAUAUCCCUUUCUUUGUCUUUGUCUUGCCUCACCAAAUAAUAAAAAAGUGCAACUCAAUUCUCAGAGCAGUCUUACUUCACUUCAGCACCGUGCUGACCUUGGUUAUUUUUUUAUGUGCUACAUAUUUCCAAAGGACGAGACCAUCCUCACAGUUUGAAUCCAGAUUCACUUCUGUUUGAAUCACAGCGGUCUGCUGCGUAUUUACCGCAUCACUUUUUUCUACUGCAGGUUUGUAUCCUCCGCCAUGUCUGUGGUCACGUCCGGCCUGUCUAAGGAUCAGCAGAAGAAGCUGCACUCUCUCCUCGGUCAUGUCAAACUCCACCUGCUCUACAAAGCCAGCAUCCACGGCUUCACUGCCGCUGCUUUCCACGCCCACUGUGACAGACAGGGGCCCACCGUCAUCACCGCCUACAACGCCACUGGGUUUGUUUUUGGAGCUUACACCUCUAAAGACUACACCCAGUGCCAAGAGGGCAUCAGUGAUGAGCAGGCUUUCCUCUACAGCAUCAGUGCAGGGGAAGACAAGCCGCUGAGGGUGGGGGGUAUCAGCGGACAGUGUGCUUUCACUGAUGUAUCAACUGGUCCAAAUUAUGGUGCUUUGGUGUUCCUGCAUGAGGACAAACCUCACUUACUGUCCAACCCAGGGACGGGCUUCGUCUUUCAGGCAGCAGCGAUGCAUGGAGAAGACUUAGCGCUGACUGAGUUUGAAGUGUAUCGAGUUGAAGGUUUGGGAGAUCUCCUGGCCAAACCCUGGAGGAACAUCCAGUGGACUGCAGAAAGAAGGCAGCAGUCGAUGAAGGUCAUCCGGAGCUAUCAGUCUUGCAUCAAAACAGUUCAUCAAGCCCGGGUGUUGUUGGUGGGUCCAGUUGGGGCUGGUAAAUCCAGCUUCUUCAACUCCAUCAACUCAGCGUUUCGAGGCAACAUGACGUCCCAGGCCAUCGCUGGUACUGCAGGGAAGAGUGUGACCACUCAGUUUCGCACCUACACCAUCAAGGCAGGGAAAGGUGGUGAAGCUGUUCCUCUGGUCCUGUGCGACACAAUGGGGCUUGAGGAAAAUGCUGAUGCUGGUUUGGACAUUGAGGACUUAGUCAACAUCUACAAGGGUCACGUCAAGGAUCGCUACCAGUUUAGUCCCUCUGCUCCUCUCCUGGAGAGCGCUCCGGGCUACAAGAAGCAUGUGACCCUCAAUGACAGGAUUCAUUGUGUGGUUUAUGUAAUGGACACCUGCAAGGUCUCUCUCCUUACCCAGAAAAUGCUGGACAAGUUUGCCGCCAUCCGUAAAAAGACCAACCAGCUGGGUAUUCCUCAGAUACUUCUGAUGACCAAAGUAGACGAGGCAUGUCCGCUAGUGGCAGAAGACUUGAAGAAUGUUUAUCGCAGUGUUUACAUCCAGAGGAAGGCACGGGAGCUGAGUGAGUCUCUGGGCAUCCCCUUGUCCUGCGUGCUGCCGGUGAAGAACUACAGUGAGGAGCUGGAGCUGGACCAGGACACUGACAUAUUGCUCUUUACUGCAGUGGAGCAGAUGCUGAACUACGCAGACAGCUUCUUCGAGAACCAGGAUAUUGAAGAUCCCGAGGCGACUGAUCAACUGGAGCUCUACAGAUCCAACAGUUAUCAACACCCCGUCUUAGCGGAACGCACUGAACAUAAUGUUGUUUGAAAGACAGAACAUUGUCAUUUAUCCAAAACCUUUUGAAUUCAAACUAAUGAGUCUGUUGACCAAAUAAAUUUAAUGAAAGGUUGUUAUCUUUGUCAAUUUCUAUGUAGUUGUUUUUACUUGUCAGGAGCAUAACAACAACUAAAGACAAAAUAAUUAAAGUAUGCCUAAAUAUUGUCCCAUGUGACUCAUCUUUUUAAGACAACAUAGAUUAAAAAUCUAGAAAACAAGAUAUUAAAUGGAUUUUGAAGUGAGAUUAUUUUGUCAACUUUUAGUUUCAGAUAUCAGAGACAUCAGGAAAUUGAACCCGUUCAUACUUUUUGCUGUAUAUUUUUGCUGAACCUUAAAAGCCACUUCAGUUAUUCUAGUUGAGGCAUAUUUUUUGCUGUGAAGAUCAAAGGAGGCUUUUUGUCACAUGCGAACACUUUCAAUUUGAUUAACUUUUAUUGCAUUUGCUUGAAGAGCCUGAAGAACAAAAAGUGCGUAACUGUCAAAAUAUUUUGGACCGUAUGACUUCAAACUCCUGUGACUUUUAGUUUCACAUUGAGGUUACAGACUUUUCUUUCUCUCAGUUAUCCACUAGGUGUCAGUCAUAAUUUCAUAAUGACUGGUGGUCAUUUAUGGAAACUUGGGACGUUAUGAAAACAGGAGGAUCAUGUUGCACAACUGUUUCCAACUUAUUCAAGAAGCUUCUUUUUUUUUUUUUUUUAAUCUUUCAGUUGAAUUUUAUUGAUGAAUUUCUAGAUAAUCAGAUGUUUUUCUGCACUGUAAUUUCACACAAUAAGUCAGAAUGACAAAGCAAAUGCACUUCUAUAUUUUGAAAAGUCAUGACUCAAUGUAACCACACUAAUAAACCCGCAUGACAAAUUGAA